AAAAACUUACUAUUGACAGUAAGUUUAUUUCUCAUCACACAAGAGAGGCAUUUCAAGAAUCGCCAUUGGUGAAAUUCCGUUGAAAUCUCCCCUCUUUUUAUCCACUUUUUUUGCUUACUUUACUCUCUUCAUUUCCAUUUUCAAUUAUCUCACUCUGAGGUUAGUUACAGUUAAUUUAUGUCAAAAUUGUCUGCUUUGUUGUUAGAGGCAAUACUCUGUAAAGGAAUCAAAUUUGGAUACUAAAAAGAUUUGCGAGAAAGUAAUAUGUAUAACGACGCCCGAUUCUUCUCCAAGCAGGCAGUCUCCACUAGAUUUAACUUGAUAACAUUGCGCAAAGGAGUAUGUCGUAUAGUAAUCAAAUAACUGAUUUGGAAGCGGAGCAGAGAAGCCAAGAUGUUCAACUGGAGCCUUAUUCUUUGUACAGGAGCUUAGCAGCCUUUCCGCAGCCUAAUGUCCAUGCGAUAUUACCAGUUCCUGGAAAUGCUGGCAAUUUCUAUUUGCAUCAUCCACAAUAUCAUCAAGAGGGUGCAUUAAUUUAUGGAAAGUUGCAGUACGACGGGGUUCAAUAUCAGCAUCCCGCCACCAAUCUUUACCCAGCCGUUGCUUCAUCGUCGAAUCACUAUAACUAUUACAUGGCUGCUCCGUCCGCUCCUAGAGAUUUCCCGGUUCCAGUAAUCCACGGGCAACAUGAGCAGCUUCCAUUUGCAAGCAGUCAAUGCAGCCUUGGAAUUAAUGAAGACAGUUAUGGAAGGAACAAUCUUUAUAUAGACAAUGUCGGAGGCUUGUUUAAAAGAAAAAAUGCUGAAGGAAUCCCUGUUAAUUUUCAGUAUCAACAUGCGUUGGUAGGCUUCAGCUUUCCUCCUGCCUCAAUGGUUUCUGCGUCUUUUGUACCACCUGAAUACUGUGGGAAUGGCGCAUUAUCAUUCACCGAGGACGGUGCUCUGAGAAGUAUGAGCAAUCAUCUGCUUCAAGGGAACUAUGUGAGCCAAGGCUGUGAGUUUCCUGGCAAUUAUUGGUCAGGCGUGCAGUUCAACAGCAGUACUAGGGAGGCUGGAACAUGGGCCUGGAAUCAAAGUGCUCGUCUACCUUAUCUACCUGGUGAUAUUCAAGGCUGUGAAGAUGGUGGAAACAUCAGCGUGCGAGGUUAUCAAGUAACAAACGGGAAUGGAGGAUUGACUAGUUUUGUGUAUCCAUCGAUUCCUCAAAGGCACCCAAACCUUCCUCGUCUGCCACCACAUAUUCAAGGAGUGAGACCCCAAUUUAUCACCCUCCCUCCACAAAUGAUCGCGUCUUCACAGAGACACCUACCAAGUAGCUCGUUUGACAGCGCUAUCAAUCCAUUCGCCAUUGUAGAGGCAGGGUCUAGAUAUAUUAGACCAUUCCCACCGACUGGGUUUAGAUUGUACAGACCUCAACGAGAGGGAUUCAUGCUUGGAACAAAUACUAGAUAUCACAACCUACCUAACAUGAGAGUUCUUCCGGAGGAUGGCGUGGCAAUGCUGGAUAUUCCCGGCUACCAUGAAGUGCGUGAUUCUGUUGAUCAGCACAGAGAGAUGCGUAUGGACGUAGAUAACAUGUCUUAUGAGGAGUUUCUUGCAUUGGGAGAGCAGAUUGGCACCGCAAAAACUGGGUUAUUGGAGGACGUUAUUGUUAGCCAUUUGAAAACAAGAUCAUUUUCGUCCGUGGGAAUUCCUUGCAAUUUGGAAAGUGCUGCAUGUUCAGAUCACAAGAUCGAUUUCUGUGUCAUAUGCCAGUCUGAUUACAAGGACCAAGAGAGCGUGGGGACUCUCGAUUGUGGGCAUGAAUAUCAUGCAGAGUGCAUAACGAAUUGGUUGAUUGUCAAGAACAAUUGUCCCAUAUGCAAGUCCACAGCGUUGGUCGCAGAAGUAAAGGAUUCGUGAAAAAACAGGCGAUACACAUGGUCAUCUUCUGAAGCAUUUUGGAUCUGUUGCGUAUAUUUAUUCUCCGACGAGAAGGAAACGGUUACUGAAACUGUACAAAUGUACUGUAUUUUUGUAUAAAUAUUUGACAAGAUAUACUGUCAACCUAUCUAAGUACAUCUUGUUGGCCUUAUCUAUGUCAACUGAAGUUGUACAGAAGCUCUUGGUAGUUUUUUUUUGUUCUGUACCAUGUGGUUGAACUGAUAUACAAUGGGCAUUUUAUCCCAUUUCAGACAACUCCUCUUGGAUAUUAUGUUAAUAAUAAUGGGUUCUUAUGUA